ACCACACUCUCGUCUCCCUCCUCCCCGUUCCUUAUUCGCCAGACCGGAGGGAGGGGUACGAGCUUCACCGCUUUCAUCCCGCCCGCGCUCCUCCCCAGAUCUCGUCUCCAUUAAAGCCGACCUUGCCCAGAUUCGCGCCCUCCUCGCUCAUAUCUGAAAGCGGCUCUGAUUUUCCAAGCCGACCGCAGGAGCGGUGCACCGGGCCGCGUGAUUCCGGCGGCUUGAUUUGGAAUUUGUGAUCUUUCGGGGCAUUCGUCGGUUUGUCUGUCGGUGACGGUGGUGCUGCGUUUCGAGGGCAGCGAAGAUGGGUGUCGGCGGAGAGAAGUUCCAGCUGGGGACGGUGGGGGCGCUGAGCCUAUCCGUGGUCUCCUCCGUCUCCAUUGUCAUCUGCAACAAGGCCCUCAUGAGCUCCCUCGGCUUUAACUUCGCCACUACCUUGACAAGCUGGCAUCUGCUGGUUACAUUCUGCUCCCUUCAUGUGGCAUUAUGGAUGAAAUUCUUUGAGCAUAAGCCUUUUGAUUCAAGAACUGUCAUGGGAUUUGGAGUACUUAAUGGAAUCUCCAUUGGGCUCCUCAACUUGAGUCUUGGCUUCAACUCUGUUGGGUUUUACCAGAUGACUAAGCUGGCGAUCAUCCCGUGCACUGUCAUCUUAGAGACACUUUUCUUCAGGAAGAAGUUCAGUCGGAGUAUCCAGAUGUCCCUUUCUGUGCUCCUUCUUGGUGUUGGUGUUGCAACUGUCACUGAUCUGCAACUCAAUGCUGUGGGAUCCAUACUCUCCUUGCUGGCAAUUAUCACGACUUGCAUUGCUCAAAUUAUGACAAACACUAUCCAGAAGAAGUUCAAGGUCUCAUCGACCCAACUGCUCUACCAGUCUUGCCCUUAUCAAUCACUGACCCUGUUUCUCAUUGGCCCCUUCCUUGAUGGCUUUUUGACUAACCAAAACGUCUUUGCUUUUAAUUAUACAUCACAAGUUGUGUUUUUCAUUGUGUUGUCAUGCCUGAUAUCGGUCUCAGUGAACUUCAGCACUUUUCUUGUGAUUGGAAAGACGUCUCCUGUUACUUACCAAGUCCUGGGCCAUCUUAAAACAUGCCUUGUUCUUACCUUUGGUUAUGUUUUGCUUCAUGACCCAUUUAGCUGGAGAAACAUACUUGGGAUCCUAAUUGCAGUAGUUGGAAUGGUCUUAUAUUCAUACUUCUGCACAGUGGAGACCCAGCAUAAGAACACUGAAGUCUCCCCACAGCAGGUGAAAGAAAGUGAGGCAGCCCCUUUGAUCUCAGACUCUUUGAGCAAAGUUGAAAAUGGGGGCGGUGUUGUUGAUGACGAGCCUUUGAAGGUACCCAUGUGGAGCUCAAAGUAUUCGCGGGAGUGAAAUUUUCUCCCGCUAGACGGUGGCAUCAUACAGGAUUCAGUUUAGUAGGCAGAUAGUAGGGUUGGAAGCCAACCCAGAGUGUAAUGAACAUUUGAGUUACAUUUUUUGGCCUUUUUUAGCGUCACGAUCUACUACUGGUAAAAGGGUCUGUUUCUUGGGAGGAUCUUACCUUCAAGAUUGCCAGAUAUACAUUGAAACUAGACGGCAGAUAUUGUAUGAUUGUAUCUGGACAUGUUCCACAUCGUCUAACUGUAACUUCCAACUGGUACAUGGCAUGCCUAUAUCCAAAGAUAGAUUUCUUUUUUUUUGUAUCAGAAAGAUCCGGUAAGACUUGCGCAAAAUUUGUAGUACUAUUGGUUCGAGUUUGUUUCUUUCA